AUGGAUGAGACUGUUGCUGAAUUUAUCAGGAGGACCAUCUUGAGAAUCCCCAUGAAUGAAAUGAUGUCAAUCUUAAAAGCCUGGGAUUUUUUUUUUUUAUCUGAAAACCAACUUCAGACCAUAAACUUCCAGCAGAGAAAGAAACGUCUGGUUCAGGACUUGGUUCUGCUGUGUGAAGAGAAGUGUGCGAGUGUAAACUAUGCAGCCCUUUUAGACAUCAUUUAUACUCAAGUACAUCAACACCAAAAAGUUUGGGAUGUUUUUCAGAUGAGUAAAGAACCAGAUGAAGAUGUUGAACUUUUUGACAUGGAACAAUUCAAACGUUCAUUUAAAAAAAUUCUUCAGAGAGCAUUAAAAAAUGUGACAGUCAGCUUCAGAGAUGCUGAGGAGAAUGCAGUCUGGAUCCGAAUUGCCUGGGGAACACAAUGUACAAAGCCGAACCAACACAAACCUACAUAUGUGCUGCAUUACCACCAGACUCCCUAUGCCUUUACCUCCUCCCCGCUGAAGAGCCUUAUGCCCCUUCUUGGUCAGGCACUGACAGUUGCUAACAAAUACCAUCAGAUUGUAAAAAUGGAUCUAAGAAGCCAACACCUGGACUCUCUCAAGGCUAUUGUUUUUAAACAGUAUGAUCAGACCUUUGAAAAUCACAACUCUACAACACCUCUACAGGAAAGAUGCCUGGGACUAGAUGUAAAUAUGGAUUCAAGGAUCAUUCAUGAAAACAGGGUAGAAAAAGAGAGAGUCCAAAGAAUAACUCAAGAAUCUUUUGGAGACUAUCCUCAACCACAACUAGAAUUUGCACAAUAUAAGUUUGAAAUGAAGUUCAAAAGUGACUUAAAUGGGGGCAUCUUGGCUGAGAGGAAAGAAUCCCUCUGGUGCCUAAUAAAAUUCUCUAGCCCUCAUCUUUUGGAAGCAUUGAAAUCCUUAGCACCAGCUGGAAUUGCAGAUGCACCACUUUCUCCACUGUUCACUUGCAUACCAGCAAGGGAAUGA